AUUUUUUCUCACGUGAAAGGAAGAAUAAACGGGAGAAUGAAAAUUUUUACUCCUCAUGAAAUUUCGUACGCGCUUACUGCUGAUAAAUAAAUAAAGAUCCUACUCAACAUUUAUUCUGUGAUUGGAAAGAAUUGAAUACUUCUGAGGAAUACGAAAUUAUGAAAUCCUACACCACAAAUAGCAGACGAUUCACUUUGACAUACUGAUGGAUACUGAGGUACAUGCAAUUUCUCGAAAGUAUAUUUAUCGGACUAUUCGCUGUGCAGAUAUUGAUGGCAACGAUAGGGAUGAGCACUAGUUUAUUACAAAUUACACAGGAUAGUAGCGAUAUCUUGGAAUCAAGAUAGCGUAUCAAUUUAAUAAUCAAUGCAAUAAAAAUUUGCAUUGCACUUUUCAGGCAAUGACAGCAUAUUUACUAUCGAUUGUGGCUAUGGUGAAGAUUUACACUUUUCUGUUCAACACUCGUACAAUAAAAGAUCUCACUCAACAUUUGUUCUGUGAUUGGAAAGAAUUAAAUACUUCUGAGGAAUACAAAAUUAUGAAAUCCUACGCCACAAAUAGCAGACGAUUCACUUUGAUAUAUAGUGUAUAUUGCUUCUCAGCAAUGUUAAUAUUUUUAUUAAUGUCUCUUAUACCAUAUACGCUCGAUAUCAUAUUGCCUCUAAAUGAAUCUCGGCCCAUAUUACUGCCAUAUCGAGGAUACUAUUUUGUGGACAUUCGAGAAUAUUUCUUUCAAAUAUUGUGGCAUGCCGUUGUGGCUUGGGAAGUCGUUAUAGCUGGUGUAGUUACUCACGACUGCCUCUUCGUUACUUACGUUGAGCAUGUCUGUAGCAUAUUUGCUGUAAUCGGACUUCGUUACGAACAUUUAUUUCAUGAUGAUGAUGGAGGAAAGAUGGAAAUUGUAAAUAUUCUUGAUAAUAUACAUUGCAAGAAAGUUGCGCUUCUCGUACAUAAACACCGCGAAGCUUUACAGUAUGCGCAACUUCUCGAAAGUAUAUUUACCGGACCAUUCGCUGUGCAGAUAUUGAUAGUAACGAUAGGAAUGAGCAUUUCCUUGUUACAAAUUACACAGGAUAAUAGUGAUAUCUUGGAAUCAACGAGGUACGUGUUCUAUGUAAUUGGUCAAUUGAUUCACUUGUUCUUUCUUAGUUUCGAGGGGCAAAGGCUGAUAGAUCAUAGUCUUCAGAUAUGCGACAAGAUGUAAGACGGCAUCACUUUCGAUA